CUACGGCGGAGAAAAAUUAUUUUUGAGAAGCAGUGGUUCUAUCUGGAUAAUGCCAUUGGGCAUAUUUAUGGAACUACAUUUGAAGUAACCAGUGGUGGGAACCUCCAGCCAAAGCAAGAAGUGGAAGAGACUGCCACAGGAAAUAGUUCAGCAGUUAAUAGAGAACAGUACAACAUUCAGAGACAAAACAGAAUUUGCUCAAGAUAAAUACAUAAAGAAGAAGAAAAAAAAAUACGAGGCAGUUAUUACAAUUGUGAAACCUUCCACUCGCAUUCUUUCAACAAUGUAUUAUGCAAGGGAACCUGGAAAAAUUAACCACUUGCGAUACGACACCCUAGCUCAGAUGUUGACUUUAGGAAACAUCCGUGCUGGCAACAAGAUGAUUGUAAUGGAAACAUGCGCAGGCCUUGUGCUGGGUGCAGUGAUGGAACGGAUGGGAGGCUAUGGAUCCAUUAUUCAGAUGUAUCCAGGAGGGGGACCUGUUAGAGCUGCUACCAGUUGUUUUGGAUUUCCAAAGCUUUUUUUUGAUAAUCUUCAUGAAUUUCCUCUCAGCAAAGUGGAUAGUCUCCUCUCUGGGACAUUCUCUACAGAGACUCUGCCUUCAGAACCUGAGGAUAACGUGCUAGUGGAAGAAGAGAGCAAUGGAUUGACUGAUGAGAAGCAGACUGCCCUACAGGAAGGAGAAGAGGAAUCUACUACUGAAGCAGCUAUGGAGAUCAACCAAAUAGAAGAACAAGAAACAACGGACAUUAAUGCGGAAGAUGUAGAAUUUAAAGAGAACAAAGAAAAAGAAAAUGUUCGGGAAAAGCAAAGAAAACAAUGGGAGAGAAGGAAGAAGCUAAUAGAAACUGCUGCUUUGUUGAGAGAGAAGAAUGCUGAUGGCUUAAUUGUAGCCAGCAAGUUUCAUCCCAGUCCUUUAUUACUUACUUUACUGGAAUUUGUUGCUCCUUCAAGGCCUUUUGUUGUCUACUGCCAGUAUAAAGAGCCAUUAUUAGAAUGUUACACAAAGCUGAGGGAAAGAGGUGGUGUUAUUAACCUAAAGCUGUCUGAAACCUGGCUACGAAACUACCAGGUCUUACCAGAUCGAAGCCAUCCAAAACUGACAAUGAGUGGAGGUGGAGGGUACCUUCUAUCUGGUAUAACUGUUGUCUUGGAUAAGGGCAAAUCUGAUUCCAGUCACUCGCAAGCACUGAAGAUGGAAGAGCCAUCAUGUAAAAGAUGCAAAGUUCAAGACCUUCAUUGUUAACAUUUGAAAAACUGAUUUGAUUUUUAGAUCUCAGGAGUCUUACUGUUAGUAAAAUAACAAGUAUACUUUCUGUGCUCUUGACAGCACAGAAAUUGUACCUGUCACACACCUAUCAGCAAAAAGCAGCAGAACUGUGUGGUAGGGAGUGUUGUCUUGCUCUUUGCCAGUUUACAUGAUCAGAAUGAGAAGAAUAACCCUUGGAAGCAAACAUCACACUGAAAACACGGUAACUUCAAAAAGAUCAAGAGAAGAUAAAGCAUCAGUGAUGAAGGUGUUCUGUUUGUUUGUUGCCAGAAGUGGAUAUGAUGAAGUUUUUUAAAAGGUUGAAUCUGAUUCAACACAUCUAACAGCUUCCCAUUUUCACAGAACAGCAGCAGAGUAAAACAUUCUACAUAGUGAUCUGCUCCCUCUUUGGACACCGAACCCGGCUGUGUUCAGUAAUUUAAGGGAGUAGAAUGAACAGCAAAAAGCAUACACUUUUCUUUCCAAAGGAACAGUAAAAAGAGAAUAUUAAUACUAGAACUUUACAGCAUGACCCCAUAUUUUCCUGAAAUAAAUACAGAAGAGAAAGUGCGUGUUCAUAAAUUGAAAUACCAAAUAUUUAAACAGAAUGUCUCUAUUAGUAUUGCCUGUCAUUUUCCCAAGAGUUGUUAUAUGGUUUUGUUUUAAGAUACGGCUAUUUUGAAAACCUCUACAUGUAUAUAUAUUUAUUCUGCUGUUUUAUUUUUCAUGAUGUGUAGCUUUUUUUUUUUUUAACUUUGCAUUUGCCACUUCAAUUAAACUGCAGGAUAUUUUUCCUAAUGAGAUUUAUUUUCUUUUUCUUACCUUUCCCUCUUUUUGGAAAGAAAAAGAUCUAGCAGAGGCUUUAGGAGGAGAAUACCCUUGCUAGCUGCACCCCACUGAACCCCCAGUGGGGAGAUUUAGGCCCAUAUGGGAGCUCAUAGACCCAGCAGGACUUGGCUUCUGUUCUUGAACUUACUCGUCAGUUGGAACCUGGAGCUUUGGGAUCAAGUAAUCAUAAAACUGUAAAAUUCUGUGUAUUGAUAGGAGUAGUGCUCUUUUAGGACACCAUUAGCUCAAAACAAAGCAAAACAGGGGUUAUAUAUUUUGUGUAAAGAAGCAGGUAAAGAUUUCUCUUAGAUGAACAGGUACAGCUUAUCUUCAGGCUUUUGUCUACCUCUGUUCUGUUUUUUGGUAAACUUCCUUUUUUUCCCUAUUUUUAUAGAAAGCUUUUCUUCUCUUACUUAUGUGAAGAACCCAUAAAUGGAGAGAUUGUAGGUUUCACCAUCUCCUCUGCAUUCCACCAACCAUGUGGAUGUGAAAAAUGUGCUUUGCCCCCCUCACCUUUUCAUGCAGUGUAAGUGUUGCAAAUCAAAUGUAGGGAAUAGAAAUAUGAUGUGUGCCUUUUACUAAGUUUUUUUAAAACUCUGGAUUUCUCAACUUUUUUUCAAAAAUUAGUGGGGAAACAGGAGCAAGGGAAGAUAGGUUUUCCUUUACUGUAUGUCUGUGCGUGCAUACUUAAGGUAAACUGGAACUUUCAAAGCAGUCGACACCCAGUAUUUGAUGAAAUUCUGAGACAACCUAGGUUAAAGCAAUGGAUAGGAGCCUGGAAGUUAGGGAAAGGCAAGAACAUGAUUAAAUCAUUGUAAGCCAGGAGAUUAAUACUGAAAAAUUAUCUUUUGUCUCAGUUUUCUCACCUGUAAAGCAGGCAUAGGUACUUCUCUGCCACUUCCAUUGCCCUGUCAUAUUUAUAGCACUACAAAGGUGUAAAAACUUACACAGGAAGAGUUAGGUUAAGCAACCAACACACUUUAAAUCCUACUUCUUAUUGUACAUAAUGCACUAAAAGUUAAUAACCUGAGGAAAAAGUCUGGUUUAUUUGUGUAAUAAAAAGAUCAGUUUUAAGAAAUAAACAAUAUUGGAAUACCUGAAAAACGGCUUUAGAGCAAAGCCAAAGUGGCUUCAUUUCACCAGGAUUAACACUAACACCUGAAUCCUGUCCCCCAUUUUAAAAUGUGCCGCAACACUUGUACCAAUGGCAUAGUAAGAAACCAAGAAAUAAUUCAUGUAAAAUAUUUAAAAUUACUGAUGUUUCAAAUUGAUGGAACGUAUUCUAUAUGUAAUAGUGGAAGAGCACAUCUCAAUAUAAUGUUCCUAUUUUAAGUGAAACACAUGAAUAAAUGAAACUCUAAAGACUA